AAUACAUCUAGGUAGGCACGCCAAAAUUAUGAUGAAUACUCGGUCAAGGUCAAGCUGAAAGCAUCUCCAAGUUGUAGUACUCAACUCGAGAAAGAAAAUGAGGGAAGGAAACACAAUCACAAAGCGUUUCAAUAUAUUUCGGCACCUAAAAGAAACUACAUCAACGUAAAGAUAAAUGAAAUAUCUAUCAAAAGAACCACGACCGCUUUUCAAUUCAUUAAUUUGAUUUUUGGCAGGUAGUAGGAGCUCUCAGAAAUAGUAACAAGAUUUAAAAUAGAAGUUAACAGGAUGUCUAAUUUCGGAAGGAGCGUUGGUCGUCAGGACCGAAAUCCGCUGAUCCCAGCAUAUUUCGUGACUCCGGGACCUUCUGCGACUCUGGGGCCAUCCCUGAGCCGCGUGUCGGGGCCUGCCACGAAAGGUGUCGCCGGAGGAAACAACAGCAAGGCAGGGACCGAUAAACGAGGCGGCAUCGCUUCGUUGGAAGCUGUUGUGACCGAGACCGUCCGAGCUCAAAAAAUGCCCUGUCACGCUUGGAAAGACAAACCAGAAGUAACAGGUAACCAGUAAAUCAAUGCAGAACGACACGAUUACUCCAAAUAUUAAUAAGUAUGAUCUCUUACAACUAAAGUUCGCUUUUGAUGAUAUUCCUCUCAAAUAACCCAUGAGAUUUGAACAUUCUUGAAGGUUUACCACUGUAAUUCGAAGUCUCUGGCGAAAGCAGCACUUCGAUUUCGUUAUCUACAAGUAGUUAUUUCUGUCCAACGUGAUUUCUUUACCUUUACGUUGACAAGCAACCAUGAACAUGAGGCUUUCUUCAACAGCCGAUGCCGGAGCUAAGUAGCAGGAGGACGUCAGACUCAUGAUAUUAUUGUUGCAAUAGCAGGACUAGCAGUAGCGUUAGAAAUAGCAAGAACAAUCAUCAUUCAAGGGCCAAAAGGGAAGGACCCCUUAGUCUUCGGCCCGCCCUUGCCGCAGAAGAAACGAAACAGCAGCUGCAGUAGCAACAGUGGGUCUAGUCCCUCAAAGCAGAAGAGCGAGCGACGAGCCGACAAAGUAAAAAGUGUCACGGCGACGUCAGUGAGAACUACCUCGGACGCCCCACCUGACGCGCCAACAACGGAACCUCAACGAGAAAAACUUCAAUUAAGGGUAAUCGAGUUACAUUAUAUCCAAAAGCAUCCGUGAGCGUGACCGUUUUGCAAGGGUGACUGAUCGAGGUACUUAGAUAGUGUUUCCUGUGUUGUCCUUGUCGUCGUUGAUAUGGACGAGGUGUUCGAAGAAGUGUAAUCUUGCAACCUUUAAUUUUAACACCUACAAGUUCAAGUCCGCGAGCGCUUCCGGAAAAAAACCUUACGACAGGAAUCGUCCGGCACAAACAGAGGUAUCCUCGAUAUCAAUUGUAUCUUCUUUUUGCUCGUUGAGACUUUGAAGAUAAGAUACGUAGCUCCACUACAAGAUCAGUUACGUAUAUAUAAUAAAUAUACUUACGAUAGACAGUUUAUUUUUUUAGAUCUCCAGCUAUAGAAUUAUGCACAUGUUUGAGUUUGGAGGUAGUACAUUGUACUAAUGCUGAGCAUAAUUUUUUCGAAGACAAGAAGAAAGAGCAACAUUGACAUUGACACUGAUUUAUGAAAAUCCCCUCCAGUUCUUGGCAGCCGUACAGCGCUAGUGUCUUAGCCGUCGCAACUCCUCGUGUUUUCGAUCCAAAAAGCCGGAUAUCGGUAACACUACCCAUGAAAAAUCUUGAAGGCGGCGCUCUCAAGAAUUGGUCGGCAGCGCUGCAACAGACCCAGAAUAUUAAAGAAACGAUAAUAAAAAUGAAGAUACCGCAUGAGCCAGUGAUACAAACUACAUCAAACAGACAAGAUGCGUCAACAUCCACGUCCACCAAGAAUACAUCUUCUUCAAGCGCGACUACCUCGACUGGCCCAAUGCCAAUGCAAAGAGAAAAAGUAAAUGAUACUAGUUUGGCAACGAGUACAACUGGUACUAGAAGUUUUGCCCCACCAGAAGAACGAGGACAGGAGGCGAAAAGAACUAAGAAGGUCACCAGUGUAAUAGUAAAGGCACGUCCAAAAUCUGAGACUGCCUCUCCCAAAAAGGCAAAUAAUCGCGCUAUCACUAGGGGAACACCUUCAUCAUCGCCAAGCAAAAACAAGAUCAAGAGAGACGUGCAGUCGCAGGGAGGUCGAGUUAACUACGCAGGUGAUAAGAACGAGAAACCGAUGGCCGCUAGUUCUAGACGAUCACCAAGCGCGGCUCUAGAAAAAACGACAGGGGAACAAUGUGAACAAGGGCAGUGUCGAGAGCGAGAGGAGGACAGCUCUUCUUCAGCAUUGAUUCCGCCGAGUAGAAGGCUUUCAAAUUGCUCCAACAUCAGUACAUCAACAUCCUCGAAAAAUGCAGGUGGCGUUCUCGGUGGAAUAGACACAGCAACGACCGGCUCAGGCGCCGAGUCUACCGACGCUACUGCCUCGGGAAAGAGCCACGCGCCCCAGCCGUGCUCUGCAGCUUCUUCUUCCUCAACAGCAGGUAGGGGGUCCGCUAAGCAUACAGCUUGUUGUUGUGCAGGAAUUAUCAUCCGUUUACAAUAUUAUCUACAGUCUUCGUCUUGUUAUUUUUCGAAAACAUUAUGUAUACAGCAGGUGCUGAUUCUGAAGGUGUAGUCAACUCUGUCGUCUGGUUCGUAUCUGUCGUUGCUUUUUUGUAUGUACCCCCGUUGUCGAUGUUGUCCUUCCUUAUGUAUCCAAAUGCGACUACUCCUCCAAAUAGUUGUUUCAUUUAGGUCAUCAACAUCAUCUAAGUUAAUUCUAAGUUAACACUGAAUAGGCGAAGCAUCAACCUCAAGGAGGAUUACUACGCGCGGGCUCGGCAAUCGCUAGAUGCGGAUUAUGAGAAGGAAAGACAAGCCUUGGCAAAAAAGAAAGUUGGGGACGAGAUUCGCAAAGCAGAAAUUGCCUUCCGUGCUGACUAUGGCUUGUAUCUAUAUACAUCAUGGAAAAAUCACAUGCCUCUGUCUUGAUCUUCAUCUGAAACACUAAAGUGCACCUACUAAGUAGUAAGAUGAAAGUAGGGCUAGUGCGUGCGUGUUGCUGUAGUUGUACAGAUGAAUAGAGUCUGUUUCAAUCUCCUGCGUAUUCUCGUGCAACACUUUCACUUACUUGCAAAAAGAAUCUCUUUCCUAGGAGCCAAGGUGUCGGUUUGUAUUUGUUGGUAUGAUAGAUCAAGGCGCAGAGGUUGCGAUAAUAUCCAUUUGCUCCUCCUCCAUGGCUUGGCAUUAUUUUUAUUCUACAAAUAUACAUAGUGAUAUAAUAAAGUUGUGACCCAUCUAUUCAUGAUCUUUAUGUCUUCUUGUUCUUGUUGGUCAAGUUCAGGUUGUGAAUCGGCUGGCAGUACCUACGUCGGCACACUGCUCUUGUUUGUAACACCUGUGCUUUAAUUCUACAAAUAUAAAUUACAAAAGAAGCCCUCGGAGGACAGAACUCUAUUGGCAGGAGUCCUCCUCGUGGAUUUUGAUAAAAGUAUACUUAGAAAUGGUGUAUGCCCAUGCCUGUCAGUACGCAGCGCUAAGUCGGGCAAGCGGAAGCGCGGCGUUUGGAUUUGCAGCGUGAAAAGCUCUCGCUACUGCUUGCCCAAAAGGACGCGGAGAAAGAGCGCAGCGUGCGUAAGUGCCAAACCGAGAAGGAAAGUCUGCUCGAGAAAGAGACGCAACUUUCCCAAAAAGAAGGCGCUGCAAGACAGAAACGAGAGCAACUGGAAGCACGGAUGAAGCAGUUGAGACUUCUGCUUAACGCAGACGGGUCUCUAUUAGGGCUACCCUGACUAGGAUUCAUUGAUUCUCAGCGUCAUGCUUCGUUGGUAAUAUCUUGUUCAAGUAGCUACUCCUUUGUAGCAAAAACGGGCACGGCCGCUGGGCAGAGGGAACAUGCUACUAGAGGUGCGAGUACUGUUGUAGCUCUAACUUUAGCGGGUUCGGACGAGCAGAUUGAAAAACUGUUUCUGGAAGAGGAACGCCAGCGCCUAGAAGAGGCCGAUGCAGAAAUCGCCCAGUUGAAAGCUCACAACGAGAAGCUCCAGGAACGGAUCAGUAAGCUAUUGGAAAUAGAAUAAUUGCUUUUACGUAAUCUAACGAUAAAGUUAGAGCAGGUAGAGCAUAAGCACAUCAAGAUGAUCCAGCACUACAGUACACUAACUUAUCAACAGCGUCUUUUCUGCAUUAUUUUUCUUCAUCUUCUAGGCAAAUGUUAAACAACCAAGCGUAUAUUUUCCAUUUUAAGGUGAAAUUCCGGUCGUAAGCGAGGAGCUUCCUACCCUUGAUAUCGCGACGAAGACGUUCGGCAAGAACAUUACUCUCGAGAGAGCGAGACAACAACAGGCUUUGCUUGCGGGUCCAGCUGCUGUGACGACCACGACUUCCAGUUCUAACGCAUCUAAAAAAGGUAAAAAGCCCUUUUCGAUUGGAACUGUACAACCGAGUUCCUACAACAAUCAUGCAACGCCAAGCGGCCCUCCAGCAGCUAGAGUAGCCACCGCAAGAUCAAGCAGCAGGGCUGCGACUACUAAACCAUCAGAAUCAGAUGCACCAAAAGCAGGAGUAGCAGGAGAAAAAAUCGGGGGCAAGGGUGGCAAGAAUGAAACGAGCCUUUUAUUUGCAACAGACUUGUCAAAGCACGUCACGAUUAAGACCCCGCGACAGGAGUUUCCAUUGUGGAAAGACCACUACGCACCUAGCAAGCCCGCAGAAGAGCCAAAGUACAUCUACCUCACCAGAACUUGUGUCCCCUAUUUCCGAGAAAUAGUACUCGUCCUCCAGCACAUACUUUUUUGUACUGGAAGUCAUGCCAUGAUACCUCGCGUCACGUUUUGACUAACGUUAUUGAGGCCGUUCAGCCGUCCUGUACCGUCUAAAUAGAAGAGCAAGAUGGCCGAGUGAUAGACUAUCAAGCAUAACCAAAAGUAGCCACUGGAGUUGAGAACUCGUCUUUCAUUACACAAGAUCACUCAGCCCAACACUUAGAAUUAUGGUCAAUAGAUACCAGUACAACUUAGAACAAGGCUUCAAUCAAACUUCUACUUUGUUUACAGGCUGUUGACGGACGAAGUACUUCGAGCCAAGAAGUAUUCAGAUACGAAGGAGCUUGCUGUACCCGAGGUCGACAACUUGAAUUAAGGUCUACAACUUUGCAUUCCCCAGAAGUACAUCAAUCGUUCGGCACUCCUUUUUUGCUGUCACACUUGCACUUCCAACAAAAAGCAAGGUAAAGAAGAGAAUGUUGUAAGUAGGUACGGCGGGAGGAUGAGGAAUGAAAUGAUGUCACCUCUAAGUGACAGAGAAAGUGGACGCGAUCAAGUCAAUAACACUGAAGAAUCUGAGCAAGGAGUGCAUCGAGGCAAGAUCGAAGCCGCUAGUGAACGAAAGUGUAGUCGAAGCCCAAGCGAAUACGCCAUAUGACGUGACGAAGCCGACCGUUUCCCCGCACGUUGCACUGGCCACCCCACGAUUUGCCCCGGCAAAGCUGAACAGCAAUGCCCCUUCUCUGCUGCCCUCGUCGAAAGCGUCGGUCGUCGUGCCAUCGCGCUCCGGUCCAUCGUCGAACUCGAAGGCAACAAAUGUCUCAAUGGCAACGACAAAUAAUGAGGAAGGAAGAGCGCCUGCCUCUGCUAAUGUUGUGCCGUCUCUGGUAGUUGCCGCUGACCGGAGUCUGAAUCUCAGUAAGGGAUCCUCGAUGGGUAUUAUGGGCAGCUUCAGCAGCGUGGGUCCGCCUUCCAGUUUUGGCAUGGGCACAGCAGCAAGCAGUAUGUUGCCAAGAACCUCCUUACCCUUAGGCCUACGACAGGAUAUUUCUACUGUAAGAGUACUAAGAACUUCUUACAUUCAUAUUAUUAGCUCGGCUCAUACUCAUCGUCAUCAUGGCACUCGAAACCCGUACUCGAGAUGUUGUAGUUGACAAAAUCAGUCCAGUCCAUUUCCAUUAUUUUAGAUUAAAGUCGAUCACGCAUGGCCAUGGUUCUUUGAACAGUACGAGAUUGUCGUACAACAACAUCUCGCUUUAUCUUCAUGAGUGCAGCAUGGAGGAUAUAACCGAGCCAGCAGCGCAUCGAGUCUCUCGUCCUCUUGCUCCGGUCGCACAGGAGGUCCUACCGCUCGCGUCGUGGUACAGUGGGGCGCGGGCGCUUUGGGACAGAACAGCAUUACCUACUCCUCGACUAGUCCGGUCAGUGGUUCUUCACCUCAAUCCCCACGGUCACUGUCCAUCGCAACCUCUGGUCCUCGUCAAAAAUACAUGAAAAAUCAGCAUAGUUCUAGUAGUUGGGCAAGUGCCAGUAGCAGUACACUAGACGAUGCAGGAGCCACUAUUAAUAUUUCUUGCGACGGACCGACAGAACGCAGUCCAGCAAAAACAGGCGCUACAACUGGCCCAUCCCGCACUACCGCCCGAGGAACUCGCGUCCGCGGAACGAUGGUCGGUGACACACCUAGUCCAACAAAAAGUGGAAAUCCAACGAUUGAGCUGUCGCCUGUUGUAUCACCGCAGAAAAAAGGCAACUACCAUGAUCCUGGAGCUGAGCCUGUAGCUGUACCACUUGGAGAAGGAUACAACUCGGUGCCAGGGCCAGGCACAGCCACAUCUACACGAAGCAACUCUAUAGCAAUCGGUGCAGUAAACGGGAAGGGUGAUGAUCGCCGAGGAGAACAUCACCCAUCGAGCACUACUGCCACGAAGACGAAUGUGAACCAUGUUCAACUUCAACGCAAAAAGAAGUCACAGCAUGUUGCAGACAGAGAGACAAAAAGCGUGAAGCCUGUUCGUGUUGUGAGGCAGCAGCGGGCCUCUUCCGUGGACAGCAGGGCGGCAAUGCCAGGGCUGAAAAUGCCACCCGGUGUGGUGAAGACAGUGCGCAUCGCAACCGACAAGGUUUCAGAAAAAAGCUAUUCGCACGAGCUCGACUCGAUGACCUGUGAAGGAGGGCCGACUCCAGGCGCACUCGCUCUGCAGCGCGCACUAAUUUCCGGAAUAGGCGGGAGGAAUUCGCCGGAAUCAAGUCCUCGUGAGAAUGGAGGUAAAAUACCCCACUCGUCCUCGUCUUUUCUCGUUGGAGAUUUCGAUUUUGAUCCUCAAAAACAUGGUAAUUAUGGGCAUGGCGCGAUAACAUCAUGCGCGAGCCCGAAAGCAGGAGAGAGUCCAGGUGGUGCCAGUGACUACUUCAUGUUGGAUGACGACGUCUACACAAACUCAGAGAAAAAGAAGUACGCGAAGACACGGCAUUUGGAAACAUUCGUCCGCGACGAGAAUCAUAGAAAUCGGCGAGAGCAGUACGCAAAACAGAGGCAAGAAGACGUAGACGAGCAUCGUCGUUCCAGGUCCUCCAAGGCAUCUCUCGCUGCAUCUUCGAAUCGCAGUAAAAAAUCGUCGGAUGCAUCAAAAACAAGCAGUGCUGGACUAGGGGACCACCCACCUUCGGAGACAGACAAAAGGACUGAACAACUUAAGAUUCAUUCUACCUUGCUUUCUCUCUACUACAGGUUGUCGAGGAGUCUUGUUCAAGGGGAAUUUUCAUGAUUGAUGGCUCGAAUUCUAAUAAAGAUUCACGAAGGUUGCGCCAAAAUGCGGCGGCCACGAAUGGUGUGGGCUUAACGAGGCAGGGGACUGGUGGCAUUAUUCCUCUGGGUCCACGCUUUGCAUUGAAAACGCGUCCGCUGUCGACAGGAGCCCGAACGCUAUUCCAUUCAAGCAGUGCGUCUGCAUCUCUAGGAUCCGACUCUCGUGGGCUUGUUGGCGGAUCAAAGAGUGUGUCACCCGUGUCUUUGGGAGGAGAGGAUUGUAGGCCACUUUUGCAGACAACUUCCUCAAAGGGCCCAGUUGCAGUGCAGGGCAUGAUCGGAACACAAUUGACUCCGGGAGCGUCGAUUCUUUCGGGUGUCCCCCCGCUGGGUUUGGCUGGCAUGCAAUUGGUACAACGCGUGAAAAAAGCGACUGCUGCGAGCGCAGUGAUGGAGAAGACGACAACUCGCGGCGCACACUCUUCUGAUUUGGUAGAGGACGAACAAGUGGCAGCGGUAGUGGAUGAAACACAACAAAUCAUGGAAGAAGACUCGACUGGACUGAAGAAUGAAGUAGUGCAUGUGUGCUCCCCGCGCGGGCAAGAGGUCUUAUCGGAGGUUCCGCGCAGUGGCCUCCAGAACUCUGCGCAACGGUAUGAUAAGGUCGCGACGCGCCGCGUCGCGGACUCACCGACAGCUCGGCAGUCACGCACACCACGGGAAUGGCGAAAGGCCUCAGGCUAUUGUUAAGGGCACAGUUUUUCACCAUCUUGAGUAACAUCGAUCAAACCUGUGCGUGUGUGAUGUUUAAAUAAAUGAAUGUAAAUCAUGUUGAUGAUCAUCAUUUUGACGGUGUGGGUAAAAUGGAGGGUCGCAAUCGCAAAAAGUAGCAGCAAGAGAAAUAGAAAUUCCAUAGCGUGCGAACAAAGCGUGGCUCCUCUAGCAUAGAAACAUUCGCUUUCACUUUGUGUCAGGAUAAGAGAAGAAUCUAUUACUUAGCGCUAACAUUGGUCGCCAAGUGCGGCCGCUCCUUCUGCUAGCCCACCGGGAUCGACAGAUCAUUAUGAGCGACCCAGCUCCACAGCAAUCUGUCCACCCCGUCGGGCUGGUGAUUUGCCGUCCGCUGUACUCUUCACAGGAGAAGGGGUACACACAUUAGCCUCCGCAGAUUCCAAGACGUCCGUAGUGUCGCUGCGGAGCACGUCAUCGAAUGCAUCGACAACGGGAACUGGCCUUCUACUUUUUCCUGGAGCAGGAACUAAUCAUAUUGGGCAGGGCUGAAAACUCCUGUGUCCUCAUGACUUCUUCUCGGCGAUAGAGAUCCCACAGAAGAGGACCUGAGAUGUGGAAUAUGUCCUACUCCCAAGUACACAAACACUAACACAAUCACAAGUACUCUUUUCAACAACAUCAACUACAUAAAGUAAAUUAGAUAGAAAUAGUAUACAGUGGGGUUAAGACACAACCACUGUAAAGAAUAUUAAGACACGCUUCUAAGGAAGAUUAACAUUAAUAUUUCAAUGAAUAGCAUGACCUUGAGCAACCUAGUAAUGCAAGAAGUAGAUGAACAUUUUUAUCAUUGUCACCUUCUUGGGUGUACUACUUUUGAUCAUCGAUCAACAUUCGUUGUAAAGGUACUAAGCCACAUAUUUUUAUGCCAAUGUAUGGAAACAAAAUAGAUACAUAUAUAGAAUGAAGGCCGCUCGAACAGCAUGUGCAUGUAGUUGACUAGUAUUGCAUCGCCUUCUCCUCGCUGUGAGAGGAUGUAUGAAGGACAAAACGCGAAGUAGCUAUUACUGUGCAGAAUUCAUGAAACUAAACCACAAUGAAUAUGCAUCUAAAUACCUCAUUCUAUUUUCAAGUUCGACCGACCGACAAAUAUGAAGCUGAGAGGGGGUAUCUAGGAGAAGUAGAAUCAAUGUUACAGUCCUUCACUCGCACCCAGACCUUCACUCGCACGCCGGUUGCAGUUUUUGAAAAACCAAUAUAUAAAAUUCUUCAGUACGUAGUUCCUCCUCAAAAAAGUCUGUGCAGCCUGUCCUCAAGCUCAGCCUCAAUUUAAUGUUGCGGCAGUGGUACUAGGUUGUAGGUAAUGCCCUAGAUUUUUGAUUGAUAUUAUACUUUCUUAUAGGCGUUGUAGGUGUCUUCAAUGUCUCAUAUACGAGAAACCGUUGAUCUCGCAGUCGUCAUGGAUAUAGGUACUGCAUCUUCUUCUUCUUCAUCAAGUUAGUCCUCGAAAUUUUGACGUCCAGAUAUUUGACAAGAUCUGAGGUUUAGUUUGCAAGUAUGUCCUGGAGUUUGGCAGUGCAUCAUUCAGAUUCAAAUUCGAAGUAAAAUCAAUCAAAAAUUAAGUUUUCUGCAUGCAACUCUACUCUAGUACUAGCUUGUAUUUUGUAAAUGCGUGUCCCCUUGUAAUUGUAUCUCGGUUUUGGAAAGUUUAGUAUUUUUAGUUCGUCUUCAUCAUAAAGAAUGCAAUGAAAAAUGCUACAACAUAUGACCAUGUGUUUGAAAAUAUGCCGUCACUCACUGGUAACCGAACAUGAUUAUAUCACGCCUCCACCAUAUCAAUCCAACAUGUUAGUUUUAUUCAACACGUCACUCAUCAAGUUUGAUUUUUAUCCGGAUACAUAGAGGACUGAGCAACAAAUGGUCAACAACCAGCUUACUAUGAUCGUUCGAUGUAUGGGAUCAAAGAACAAAAAGAAACGAAGUAGAUACUUUCUUUAACAAACGACCCAGCAGUGCGUCUUGUUGCAUUGAUUUUCCUUAGCAAACAAAAUGGUUGUAAGAUUCAAUGCAUAGAAGUGAUCAUGCCGGCUCUUCGGUCCCGCACUGCGGGAAAAAUACUAAAAAACGCUGACUCAGUCAUCUACCUAGAACUGGUCACGCAACCUUUCCUUGCUUUGUGCUCGCGUGGCGGCUGGAU